GGCUGUCGGCAAAGUGGUGCGAUCACUCGAACGAUCAACAGCGGCAAGAAACGACGCGACUCGGCUGUAGACAAUUGAUUCUUGAAGAACGUCCCAUCGUCUGUUAAUCUGUGCUCGCGGGUUAAACUUAGCUUCAUUCCUGGGUGACGCCUUGGGCUCUAAUCAACCUCAAUUAGUGUGCGGCAUCGAGUGUCGCGUGUUUGUCCUCUCAGGGAAACCAUGGCCAGCGUUGGUGAUUUCGCAUCGAAGAAGAAGGUGCUGGUGAUUGGAAGUGGGGGCCGUGAGCAUGCCAUCUGCUGGAAGCUUUCGCGCAGCGAUCGGGUUGCUGCGGUGUACGCACUUCCCGGCAGUCCCGGCAUUGCGGCCGUCCCGAAGCUUCAUCAGGUGUCGGAUGUAAGCGUGAAGGAUUUCAAUGCCAUCGUAACCUGGUGCAAGCGGAACCAGAUCGAUCUUGUCGCGGUCGGACCGGAAGAUCCGCUUGCUGACGGGCUGGGGGAUGUGCUGCGUGCGGCCGGAGUAAAAUGCUUCGGCCCCGGCAAACGUGGUGCGCAAAUCGAGGCAGAUAAAAACUGGUCCAAAGAUUUCAUGCAUCGGCACGGCAUUCCAACGGCCCGGUACGCCAGCUUUACCGAAGCGAACGAAGCGAAAGCUUUCAUCCGGCAAGCACCGUACCAGGCGCUGGUGGUAAAGGCGGCCGGGCUGGCCGCCGGGAAAGGUGUGAUCGUGGCGGAAUCGAUCGACGAAGCGUGCGCCGCCGUGGACGAUAUUCUGGGCGAGCGAAAGUUCGGUGCCGCCGGUGAGGUGGUCGUUGUGGAGGAGAAACUUUCCGGCGAGGAGGUCUCGGUUCUGGCCUUCGUCGAUUCACGAACGGUGCGGGUGAUGCUGCCGGCGCAGGACCAUAAGCGGCUGCUCGAUCAGGAUCGGGGACCGAAUACGGGCGGAAUGGGUGCCUACUGCCCCUGUCCGAUAAUCAAACCAGCACAGCUCGAGCUUGUCGUGAGGGAGGUCCUGCAGCGAGCCGUCGAUGGAUUGCGCGAGGAAGGGAUCCAGUACAACGGUGUCCUGUAUGCCGGUAUGAUGCUUACCCCGAACGGACCGAAAACGCUCGAAUUCAACUGCCGCUUCGGCGAUCCGGAAACGCAGGUCAUCCUUCCGCUCCUCGAGACCGACCUGUACGAAGUCAUGGAUGCAACGUGCGAUAAUCGAUUGCACGAGAUCAACCUAAAGUUCCGGGCCGGUCUGUCCGCGGUCGGUGUGGUGAUGGCAAGCAAAGGCUAUCCGGAAACAUCCACCAAGGGUUGCGUUAUUAAAGGCCUUGAUACUGUCGCGGCACGUCCCGAACAUUUGGUCUUUCACUCCGGUGUGGCGAAAAAUGAUCGCGACGAGUUCGUUACCAACGGCGGCAGGGUGCUGAUCGGAGUGGUCCUCCACAGUGACCUCAAACAGGCGGCAGCGCUCGCCACGGCAGCCUGCAGCACGAUCAACUUUGAGGGUUCGCAGCAUCGGUUGGACAUUGCGCAGAAAGCUUUCAAACAUCUGAGUCUUUCAUACAAAUCCAGCGGCGUCGAUAUCGAUGCCGGCGAUGCACUUGUACAACGGAUUAAGCCGCUCGCCCGUGGAACGAACCGGCCCGGCGUUAUUGGAGGGCUUGGAGGUUUCGGGGGACUGUUUCGUCUAAAUGAUGUUACCUACAAGGAUCGAAAUGGAAAACAGGUCCGGUACAAAGAUCCCGUUCUCGUCCAAGGCACGGACGGUGUUGGAACAAAGCUGAAGAUUGCCGAGGCGCUGAACUGUUGGGACACGAUCGGUAUCGAUCUGGUGGCGAUGUGUGCGAACGAUGUCCUUUGUGCCGGUGCGGAACCACUUGCCUUCCUCGACUACAUAGCGUGCGGUCGGCUGGAGGUUCCAACGGCGGCCCUCAUCGUGAAGGGCAUCGCGGAGGGUUGUCGGGAGACAAACUGUGCCCUGCUCGGUGGAGAAACGGCCGAAAUGCCAUCAAUGUAUGCACCGGGAAAGUACGAUCUGGCCGGAUAUUGCGUGGGAGUGGUUGAAGCGGACCAGAUUCUUCCCCGAGUGGAUCGGAUUAAGGCCGGCGAUCUCGUAAUCGGACUCCCGUCGAGCGGCGUCCAUAGUAAUGGGUUUAGUUUAGUGAAUAAAAUCCUCGAAACGACUGGCACAAAGUUGACCGAUCGUGCUCCGUUCGGUGAGGAUGAUUGUUCGAGCUUUGGCGAUGAACUGCUUACCCCGACGCGGCUCUACGUGGCCCCGGUGCUACCGUUGCUAAGGCAGACGGAUACGGUGCGUGCACUGGCGCACAUUACCGGUGGUGGGCUGGUGGAAAACGUUCCCCGUGUCCUGUCGAAAGAGCUCGCAGUGGAGGUGGACUUCAGUGAGGUGGUAAUUCCACCGAUCUUCGGUUGGCUAGCAGCCGCCGGAAACGUAACCGAGUGCGAAAUGUUGCGUACGUUCAACUGCGGCAUUGGAAUGGUGUUGAUCGUCGAUGGAACCGAUGGAACGUGGAAGGAAAAGCUGGCUGGACAAGGGGCGGUGCUUUUGGGAAAAGUAACCCCCAGGAAGAGCGCUACCGAACAGCAGGUUGUGGUGCACAAUUUCUCUGUAGCGAUCGAGCGUUCGGCUGCACCGUAUCGUAACAAGUUCCCGGUCAAACCAUCGAGUGGAUCAGCGAAAACAGCGUCAUCGAUUUCGUACAAGGACAGUGGCGUUGACAUAACGGCCGGUGACGAUCUGGUGCAGAAGAUCAAACCAUUCGCCAAGUCUACCAAUCGCCCUGGUGUGAUGGGAGGGUUGGGUGGCUUUGGAGGGUUGUACCGAUUGCGUGAUGCUGCACUGAGGGAGCUGAACGAUCCCAUUCUCGUGCUCGGUACGGACGGUGUCGGGACGAAGUUGAAGAUCGCCCAGGACUCGCAUAGACAUGGAACGGUCGGAAUCGAUUUGGUGGCCAUGUGCGUCAACGAUAUCAUCUGUAACGGUGCGGAUCCGGUAAACUUCCUUGACUACUACGCCUGCGGGAAACUGAAUGUCCCGGUGGCCGCACAGGUGAUCGAAGGAAUCGCAGAGGGUUGUCGGCAGGGCGGAAGUGCGCUGCUCGGUGGAGAAACUGCAGAAAUGCCGGGUAUGUACGCCCCCGGUGUGUAUGAUUUGGCCGGGUUUUCACUCGGGAUUGUCGAACAAAGCCGGAUGCUGCCGAAAGUGGACACCGUUUGCCCGGGGGAUGUGAUCAUCGGGCUUCCAUCGAGUGGAGUACACAGCAAUGGAUUCAGCCUGGUGCAUAAGAUCCUCGAGUUCAACGGACUUACCCUGAACGAUGUGGCCCCGUUUAGUGCGACCGGUAAAACGUUCGCCGAGGAACUGCUCGUUCCCACGAAGAUCUACGUUCGGGAAUUGCAACCACUUCUCGCUGAGGAUGGCCUUGUGAAAGCUUUGGCGCACAUUACCGGCGGUGGGUUUACGGAGAAUAUUCCCCGAGUACUACCGGCCGACGUUGCCGCCUUUCUCGAUCUGGCCGAAAUGCAUGUGCUUCCCAUUUUCGGAUGGCUGGCACGUGCGGGUAAUGUUACGGCGGAGGAAAUGCUGCGCACGUUCAACUGCGGCAUCGGGAUGAUGCUCGUUGUGCCCACGGAACAUAGAGACACGGUACUGGAGCGCCUGGAACCGUUCGGAGGUCGAAUGCUUGGUACAAUCGUGAGGCGAACUGAUCCUCUCGGUGGGCGGGUGAUUGUGCACGGGUUCGAGGAGACGCUCCAGCAGGCAAAGGUUACCUGCACCCUGCCGAAGAAACGUAUCGCCGUACUGAUUUCCGGCUCCGGAAGUAACCUGCAGGCGUUGAUCGAUGCAACGCGCAACACCGCUUUCGGCAUUCGGGGUGAGAUCGUGCUGGUGGUUUCCAACAAGGAUGGCGUCUUUGGCCUUGAACGUGCCGCCAAGGCGGGCAUCCCAUCGAAGGUGAUCCUACACAAGAACUACGCGACGAGGGAACUUUUCGACGAAGCCGUCUCGAAAGCGCUGGUCGAAGCGCGUAUCGAACUGGUUUGUCUGGCCGGGUUUAUGCGAAUCCUCUCGGAAGCGUUCGUUAAGCGGUGGAAAGGAAAGCUGAUCAACAUCCAUCCGGCCCUGCUGCCUAAACACAAGGGUACCCAUGCGCAACGGCAGGCACUCGCGGCCGGUGACCUGGAGUCUGGCUGCACGGUACACUUUGUCGACGAAGGAGUCGACACCGGUGCUAUCAUUCUGCAACACCGCGUGCCCAUUCUACGGAACGAUACGGAGGAAACGCUUACGGAACGGAUUCACCGGGCGGAGCAUCGUGCGUAUCCGGAGGCACUUCGUUUGGUAGCGAAUCAAACAGUAACUCUCAGCGGGGAAGGUCAGGUGGUAUGGAAUUAGGACAACCAUAACCAAUGUUGACGAUUAGCAAAAUGACCAACUGAACAGGUAGCGUGUAAGCAAAGAAUUUGUCAAAUUGAAAGAUGAGUGAUGAAUUUCCCGAAAU